AUGCUAGCAGAAAUCGUUGCCCUCCUCAAGAAUAAAACAUGGAUAUUAACCACCUUACCUCCUGGCAAGAACCUCAUAGGAUGCACUUGGGUUUUCAGAAUCAAUCCAGUGGUGAAGCCUACCACUAUAAGGCUCAUUCUCAGUUUGGCUACUUCACUUGGAUGGUCUGUCACUCACCUUGAUGUCAACAAUGCUUUCCUAAAUGGUGAUUUGAAAGAAGAUAUUUACAUGAGGCAGCCUAUAGGCUUUGAGCAAGGUGGCCCUCACUUGGUUUGCAAAUUGAACAAGGCAAUUUAUGGUUUGAAACAAGCUUCCAGAGCCUGGGCUGAUGCCUCUAUCUUUUUCAGACAAAGGGAUGGUGAUGUUAUAUAUCUCCUCAUCUAUGUCGAUGAUAUGUUACUUACUGGUAAUUCUUCAUCUUCAAUCAAGAAGGUUAUUUCUCAACUCAAUUCUCACUUUUCUUUAAAAGAUCUUGGGGAGGUGAAUUUGUUUAUGGGAGUUGAAAUUGUCAAAAUGGCAGAUAAUGGAUUGCAUUUAUGUCAAUCUUCAUACAUCAAAGAUCUUUUAAAGAAAGCUAACAUGCUAGAAGCUAAAGGAUGUCCAACUCCUAUGGUUUCAUCAUGUGAAUUGAGCAAAAACAUUGGAGAUCCUGUUUCAGAUCCAAAGUUGUAUAGAAGCAUUGUGGGAGCUCUUCAAUAUGCAACUAUUACAUGGUUAGAUAUCAAUUUUGCUGUUAACAAGGUUAGUCAGUACAUGUCUUCUCCACUUGAUACACACUGGAGGGACGUUAAAAGAAUUCUUAGAUAUUUAUCUGGAACUUUGGAUUAUGGAAUUCAAAUUCAUAAGUCGAAUGUUGUUGUUUCUGCCUUCUCUGAUUCUGACUGGGCAGCAGAUCUUGAUGAUAGAAGAUCAACCAGUGGAUACUGCACAUACCAUGGAAGGAACAUGAUAUCUUGGUGUGUGAAGAAGCAAACCGUUGUUGCUAGGUCUAGUACUGAGGCUGAGUAUAGGAGUCUUGCUGCUGCUGCUUCUGAAGUUUCUUGGGGGUGUGUUGGAGAUCAUCCUCAAGUGCAAAGUGAAGUGUUGGAUGAGAAAGCAUGCAAUGCAACAUUGCAUGAAGAUGUGCUGAUUGAUGAGCACGUGAAAGCAAAGGAAGCACGAGAUAAUGUUGGAGCCGUUGCUAAACCACCAGCUGUGCACUUGGACCACAAGAGGACUUGGAAGGACGUGGCAGUCCAAGGAUUGAUGAAGAAUGGCGGUUCUUGA